AUGGAGGUGCGGCUUGAGAUCGCUGAGGAAGCGCUCAAGGUGUUCGUCGCUGCGCUGCAGUGCUUGGCUCAAGUCGGCAAGGAGCUGUCCAUCGAGUGUGAUCCCAGAGCGCGUCGUCUUACGCUUCGCGCUCUCAAUGAUGCGCACUCGGCCUCUGGCCAGGUGAUCCUAGACCGCACGUUCUUCUCCGAGUCACAGGCCUGCAGUGUCACUCUCCAGGGUGUCGAUGUCGCAUCAAUAGAGACACUAAAGGCUCGAUUCAAUGGCCGCACACCAUUUGUAAAAUGUAAGGUGUUCGCCAAAUCGUGCUGUAAUGUUUUCCGCACGCUCAAGCAUGUGCAGAGCGUCCAAUUGGCACUGCUAGUAGACCAGGAGGCUCUGGAGCAGGCGGGUGCCAGCCAGGAGGACGUCUCACAGAGUAGCGAAGUGGACGAGGUGGAUCUUGAUUGUAUGGAGCUGCGCUGGCGACUGCGUUGCGACUUCGACAUCACCAAGACGCACCACAUGAAAGUGCAGUCGUGCCAGAUUAUGCGCGCCGUAUUCGACAAGGACGCGUGUCCCAAUCGUUGGAGGACACGACAGCACCACUUGGGCUCGCUCCUGGCGCAUAUCCACCACAGCAGCGAGGUGAGUGUCACGUGCUCGGCGACACACAUCAAAUUCGAGAGUUAUUUUUCCAGUACGACAGAUAGUAAGGCCCAACUGCAGACCGAGACGGCAGUGGAGAGCGCCGAGUUUAACGAGUACAUUCUACAGCCAGCGACCGACAGCAUCGAUUCAUCAGCACAGUUAAUUUUUUGCAUCAAGGAGAUCCGGGCGCUGCUGGCAUUCUGCAAGACGAGCGACGUGCUGGAGGUGUCGUUCUACUUCAGCACAGGCGGCAGUCCGGUGCUGUUUGCAGCCGAGUCGACGUCAAUGGCCAAGUUCUCCAUCGAGAUGACGCUGUCGACUGUGACAACGUUCCUGCCGGCGUCAUCACAAGCUCGUAGCGAGGAGGAAGUUCCGCUAUUCACCAACGGCAGCAAUAUCCCCAAUAGUCAGACGCCAUCGAUGUCGCAGUCUUCUUCGCAAGAGAAUCCACGGUAUCUGACUCAUAGUAAGCGUCCACGUGUGGAUUAG